UCUCACCUCAGCAUAGCUAAGAUGUACGAUUUGGUUCCGUUAGUUAGUUCCCAACUUUCCCUUUCUGACAAAACAAAAAUAGCACUCUGAUUCACCAUCAUUCACCAUCCACCUGUCUGUUCCGGGCUUCUCUUUCGGCUCCACACUUUUCUCGUUUUCUCUCUCUUUUCCCGCCAACCACCUUUCCUCACUCCCCCCUUUUGAUAUUUUUGCUCAGAAGAUUUGAUAAUGGGAGACCCAUCUGGUAAAUUUUGAACCUUUGGAAGGUUUUGGUACCUGGGUCGGUGGAAAGAAUGGACUUUGAGAGGAAGGUGGAGGUGGUGGGUUUGGUUUGAGGAUGAAUUUUUGCUAUGACAUGGAAGGUUGGGUUUUGGAUUUAGGUUCAUUGCCUCCAACCAUUGUCAUCGAAUGCCGAUUCCAGCUGCGAUCGGCAUUCGAUUCCUCCUUCGUUCCGUCCCUACCUUUCUCCAUUCCAAUCACAAACUAGGCCCCAUCCGAUAAACAUAUACUAAUAAUUAGAAAAAGGAAACAAUUUGUCUUAAGAGUUCUGAUUGUUUCAGCCACUAGAAUGAAUUCUGGUGCUGUCUUGAUACUGCCCCCGGUGUGCAAUGUGUUCGGGACUACGGAGCCUCAGGAUUUUGAGGACGAGUUUGCGGAGAAAGAUCCAACCGGACGGUAUACAAGGUACACUGAAAUCUUGGGAAGGGGUGCCUUCAAAACUGUUUAUAGGGCCUUUGAUGAAGUUGACGGAAUUGAAGUUGCUUGGAAUCAAGUUAAGAUUGAUGGUCUCUUGCAUUCAGUUGAUGAUCUUGCGAAAUUGUAUUCUGAAGUUAAUCUUUUGAAGUCUUUGAAACAUGAUAAUAUCAUUAAGUUCUGUGAUUCUUGGAUUGAUGAUAAGGAGAAAACUGUUAACAUGAUUACUGAACUCUUCACAUCAGGAAAUUUAAGGCAAUAUCGCAAGAAGCAUAAAUAUGUUGAAAUGAAAGCUAUAAAAGGUUGGGCCAGGCAGAUUCUUCAUGGCUUACUAUAUCUUCAUAGUCACAAGCCACCCAUUAUUCAUAGGGACUUGAAAUGUGAUAACAUCUUUGUGAAUGGAAACCAGGGUGAAGUUAAGAUAGGGGAUCUUGGUUUGGCAAUUGUCAUGCAGCAACCAACUGCUCGAAGUGUUAUUGGGACUCCUGAGUUUAUGGCUCCAGAACUAUAUGAAGAGUCAUACACAGAACUGGUUGACAUCUAUUCUUUUGGGAUGUGCAUAUUGGAGAUGGUCACUUUUGAGUAUCCCUAUAACGAAUGCAAAAAUCCAGCUCAAAUCUUUAAGAAAGUUACCUCAGGCAUCAAACCUGCUUCCCUUAAUAAGGUGAGUGAUCCUCAAAUUAGGCAGUUUAUUGAGAAAUGUUUGGUUCCAGCAUCUGAGAGAUUGUCAGCAGAGGAGCUUCUGAAAGAUCCAUUUCUACAAGUUGAGAAUUUAAAGGAUCCUGUCCUUUAUCCUGUAAAACCACCUAGAAGAACUCUGAGAGCAUACUCAUUCAAGUCUAAUUCUCAUUCUAUGGACUUGGAUAGUGACUACAAACAGUUUGCUAUGAGUAUCUGUUCGGAAAGCAACCAAGAAAGCCCAUAUUGUCCUGUUUUUCAGGUUCAGAGGGCAAAUAUUAACAAUGAGUUUAGGUUGAAAGGGACUAAAAAUGAUGAUAACUCCGUAUCACUGACCUUGCGCAUUGCUGAUACAUGUGCAGGUCGGGUGAGGAACAUACAUUUUCUCUUUUACCUUGAUUCAGAUACCGCAGUCUCUGUGGCCACAGAGAUGGUUGAACAUCUGGAGCUGGCAGAUCACGAUGUACCUUUCAUAGCUGAGCUUAUUGAUUACUUGAUAAUGAAACUUCUCCCCUGGUGGAAUCCUUCGCAUGAUCGUUGGGUAUGUGGUGAAAUAAAUCCUAAUAUAGAUGCCCAAAACUUAAUGGGAGGAUGGCCAUGGGCUUCUGCCAUACCAAGUAGUGUUCCCUGUGAUUUGGUUAUUGAGGAGGAUGGCUACUCUCGGACUGAUACAACCCCCAAAGAAGAUUUUGUGGCAGCCGAUAAGAACAGCUUAAUAGAAGAAAGUGGUGAUAAGGCUACUUUUGAGGGUGGUUAUCAUUCACAAAGAUCUGAAGCUUCUGAGGUAGUUGUUGAGAAUGCUUCAAUGAAAGAUGAUAGUUGUCAUUAUUCCAAUGUUGAUGCAAGUUCAAAGUGCUUAAAUAGUAGGUCCAUCUCUGAACUUGAGCUUGGGGAUGAAUAUUAUGAAGACUGUAAAUUGCAACAAGAAAAUUAUUGUAGUGGGGAAGAAGUUGUGAUAAAUGAAUACCCAACGAACUCGGGGUCAGUUCUGGGAACAUCUACUAAUGUUGGGAGCCAAAGAAGUAGCUGUUCUUAUGUGUCUUCAGCAGUAGAGGAGAUUGAUCUUGAGCUACAAUUUGAACUUGCUGUAAUUGAGACACACUAUCAGCAUUGGAUUGAUGAACUCAACGAAAUGAAGUUGGAGGCACUGGAAUCCACCAGAAGGAGAUGGAUGGCCAAGAAGAAACUGGGUGUUCGGUGAUUUUGAGCUUGUUGAUUGACCUCUUGUUAACCCUUGUCGAAAUUGUUUCACUGUAAAGUCCGUGUUGUGAUCUUAACUGUACUUUGUAUAUUGGAUGUGGCUCUUUUUAGUGAGUGUCCUUACCCUCAACCUACUUUUUCCCUUAGAGAUAUUUCUCAAUCUCUCAUUAGCAUAAUGUAGGAGAUGCGUCUUAAGAAAUUUUAUAGUUCUAGAAGACACAUUCUCAUGGAGACACUUUGCUAUUUUAGUAUAAUUUUCACCA